AUGAGUGAACCAAAAUGCAACCCAUCCCCGCCAAAACCUGCUUGCUGCCCACCAAAAUCGCCCCCCUGCCCGCCAAAACCCCCCUGUUGCCCAUCAAAACCCCCAUGCUGCCAGCAAAAACCCCCCUGUUGCCAGUCAAAACCCCCCUGCUGCCAGCAAAAACCCCCCUGCUGCCUGCAGUCAAGACCCCCCUGCUGCAUUGAGCCCAAGUGCUGCUGCUUGGAGCCCAAGCCGGAGUGCACAUGCCUUAACAAGGGUUCCGAGCCCAAGCCGCCCCAAAGUCCGAGCAGCCAAGAGCCACCCCCAAGCCCCAAACCUGGGGCCACGUCAGAGGACUUGGGGCCGAAGAAGAAAAACAAGUAG